AUGUCACCGGCAAACUCCACCAACAUCGCGAGCUGGCUCGUCAUCGGCGCCUUCUUCAACUUCUUCGUCUUCCGCCACCAGAAGGGAUGGUGGCAGCGCUACAACUACGUCCUUCUCCGCCACCCUGGGUACCGCCACCCUCGUUUCUCUGCAGAACGAGGGCCGGAGCCCGCGGUACCGGCGACCUGCCCCACGGUCCUCGGCGUCAUGGGAGGGUCCCCCGUGGUCUAG